AAUAUAUACUAACCGAUAACUAUGGAAUAUCUUUGUAUAUGGAACGCGUUUGAGCAGGACUCAUCAUUGUUCAAUCAUAUCAAGGAAAUCGGACGGCUGGCAGCUGCUGCCGCUGUGUCGCAACAGCCUUCCUUAGGUGGCGCCUCGGCGUCGGCCAGUGCUUCGUCCACAUCUGCGGCCAGCUCCACGGCCAGCUCGCCCAGAGCUGUGAGCAAGGAACCACCGGCUGCCGUUACCUCUGCCUUCUCAUCGACACGGCACUUUCCGGCCUCGUUGGCGCACGUAGCAGCGCUUGCGGCCACGCAACAGCAGCUGCAACAGAGAAUUACUGCGGCUGCCUAUCAGCAGGGCCAGGCGGAGUUGCCGGCGCAGUCGCCGAUGUUUAUAAAUCAACAUCAGCUGCCAGGAGCUGCUCAUCAGCAACAGUCGGGAACGGGCGUCGGCCUGCAGCAGCUACAUCAGAACAAUUCCAACAUGGCCAACAGCCUGUUGUGGCAACCGUGGCGGGAUCUGCAGCAAGCAGCCGCCAUGCAUCACCAGCUCUACAAACAGCAGCAGCAACAGCAACAACAGUUGUUCAAAGACACACGACUGACAUCAAAAGAGCUUCCAACCAACAAGUGGCGUCGCGAGCGUCGCCAACGAGCCGCUGCCGCCGAAUAUCAAGUUCAUGAUUCAAACAGUGACAGAGAAAGGGAGAGGGAACCUGACAUGGACAGCCCCAUUGAUAUGUCCGUGACGUCGAACACUGUGAAGCAUCAACGGGCUUCACCACCUCCGCCGUACCGUGAGCCACUGGGUGGUGGUGUAAACAGCCACUGUUACGCAGCUAGCCGGCCGAGCGUUAUCACCCAAGCACCGCCUAAGCGGGAGCAGCCGAAGCAUGCGCACCACAGCCAGCACCACCACCAUCACUCGCACUCCAAUCACGAGCAUGACCAUCGCAGUAGAGAGUCCGAUUCUAUUUGUGACAUCGACGAGCAUUUCCGGCGUUCUUUGGGACCGGGGUAUGCAGCGCUGUUGAAAUCGCCGACUUCCAGCUCGCCUACACCGUCGCCACAGCCACAACAAGCACAGGCGCAGACUCAGUUGCAGUCGGUGGUUGGGAACGGAACAUCAAUGCAGCAGGUCUCGCCACAAGCCUAUCGGCAACAACCAACAACAACAACUUACGAAAAUCAGUCGCAAUUGCCGCUGUCACUGCCGCUGUCUAAGCUGGGCCUGCCCAUCGUGCACUCACCCACGUUGCAGUCGGCACCGAUAUCGCCACAGCACGAAUUGCCGCCGCCCCAGAAAGAACCAUUGUCCCUGUCGCCGCCACCCGUUCGAAGUGCUUCCGCUUUGUCGUGCUCACCGCCACCGCUGGUUGGCGUCAGCCAAAUAUUAGAUGCGCCGGUAACCAAGAGAGAAAAAGCUUUAGACACACCUCAUCAUACUCCACCCAGAUGUAAUACACCUCCGCCAGCAUAUGCCAGCGUAAUGGUAUCGACGCCCACAAUGCCAGCUAUAAUACGUGUGAAAGCCGAACCGGGAUUAGCCGCUGCUUCAUCGACGCAUACGCCACCCGCUUCUCCUACCUCAUCCACAAACAUUUCGAUAUUCACCAAGACUGAGGCCUCUGUGGACGAUCACUUUGCUAAGGCACUGGGCGACACUUGGAAAAAGUUGCAGGCCCACAAGGAGUGAAGACCAUCUCAAAUGCUGUUCUUACUAUAAACUACACAGUUGAUUUUUAAAGAUCUCAUGACGACGAUGUGAAAAUUUUUCAAAUGCGAGUGUAUUACAAGUUUCUUAUUAUGA